AAUAUCUGAUAUACAGCUCGCAAAGCAAGAGUUGGUAAUACACUGCCUAAGCUUGCCUAGUUUCCCUUCAAAUUUCAAUGGCUUCUUCGACUGGUACUCGUCAUCUUCCCGUCGUGAAAGCCGGAUUCUGGUACUGCAGGCAAGCCGAACAAAUUAGUAUCUCGAAUUGCAACGCUUCCAUCUAUUUCACCCAUCUUUUUUGUGCCUAUGCCGAGAUCUCCGGAACCAACUACAAAGUCACCAUCCCUGACCAGUACCGGGACACGUUCGCAAGCUUCACCGAUGCCGCGAGGCAAAGGAAGAGCACAAUAAAAACCCUUAUCUCCAUAGGUGGAGUAGACUCUGAUCCUGCAACUUUUGUUUCAAUUAUUAGAAACGAAGGAAACCGUGAUGCGUUCAUACAGUCCUCCAUACAACAAGCCAGGGAGAACAACUUCGAUGGCCUCCACCUCAGCUGGCCCUGCUGGAAGUACCAACCCACGGCCAACGACAUGCAAAACCUUGCCACGUUCUUCCGUAAGUGGCACGAAGCCGUAACUGCGGAUGCGGCUGCCGAGAACAAGGAACCGUUGCUUCUAACCGCAACGGUCUCUCACAAGCCACAUAUCGAUAGCUCGGAUUCGAUUUCGGCGAGCUAUCCCGCUAACGCUAUUAAAACCCACUUGGAUUGGAUCAACGUACGGGCAUAUGACUUCUAUAACGCCUUGUCGAGUCCGAGCUAUACUGCACCACCUGCUGCGUUGCACAAUGCAGCGUUACCGCCAAACGAUGUAGACUUUAAAAGCGUGGAAACCGGCAUCACCGAGUGGCUUAAGGCAGUGCCAGCAGACAAAUUAGUCAUCGGCCUUCCAUUUGUUGGCUACGAAUGGUUACUGGAAGAUCCUGUUAACCACGAUUUAUUUGACCUGGCCAAAGGAUCGGCGAAAGGAGAAGGAGAUGGGUACAUAUCUUAUCGAGAUGUCACAACCAAACCCAACUUCAAUCGCCAGUUCAACCAAGAUUUUGUUACGAAUUAUGGCUAUGGCGGCGACAGCUGGAUUGGUUAUGAUGAUAAGGAAAGUAUCACCACAAAGAUUGCUUAUUUCAAGCGAAAGAAACUGCGUGGUUACUUUGCGUGGCAUGUGUGCGCCGACGACGUUGAUUGGACUCUUUCGCGAACAGCUUCCCAAAAAUGGGAUGAGCAGGCCGGGGCAAGAAGAGUCUAGAUCGAAGCUCUUGGAUUAAUUAUGAACAAUAAUCGUACGUAUAUGUCGUCGUGUGAAGCUUGUAUUAUCAACAAUAAGGCUGAUGUGUUAUUUGUAACAUAGAAGCUUGUAUUAAGGCAAAAGUCAAUAUAUGUUGUGUGAAGCUUGUAUUAUCAACAAUAAGGCCACGUAUGUGUUCUUUGUAACAUAGAAGCUUGUAUUAAGGCCAAAAGUCAUAUAUGUUGUAUGAAGUUUGUAUUGUAUUAUUAACAAUAAGGCCAUGUAUGUGUUCUUUGUAACAUAGAAGCUUGUAUUAAGGCCAAAAUCCGAUAUGUUGUAUGAAGUUUUUUAUUGUAUUAUCUAAGGCCAAUAAUAAGACAUGUUGUGCUAUUUGUAUGGAAA